AUGGCUGAAAGCAAUUUGGAAGGUGUGGGACCCACCCUAGUCCAGAUGAGCGAAGAGCCUACUAGUAUCUACGUAGGUCGCAAGGUUUGGUUCGGACUUCUCUUUGCCUAUUUUGCAGCCAUCUAUGUGGUGCAAGGCGAUUGGUUCAAUCUGGAGGAGACCUUCAAAUGCUUUGGUAAUAUCUCAACGUUCUGCCUCUCAGAGUGCGGUAACCAGCAGUUCAGCUUCCCCGUCGUGGGCGUUUGGUAUGCGUUUGGCUUCCUCUUUUCCUCCACCUUUGCUCUCAUGGAGUUUUGGGUCGCACAGAAAUUACACAAGCUACAUAAGCAACGCAUUAUAGAAGCAACCAACCAGGCUUCUGACCAAACAGCUUCUACAGGCAACGAAGAUACCGAUUUGGAAUUUGUCCUUGACACCUCACUCUGGGCAGCAUACAUUGUGUACUUUGUUCUACAGACUACUUUUCAGGUGAUCUUCCUGUUCAUUCUUGUGCACUUCCAACUACCGUUGCUUCAGGGACCGAUUCAGUGCAGUACUCAAGCGUGCCCUGGACCUUACUCAUGUGCAAUAUUAGACAGACAGGAAAAGUGGGCAUCCAUCAUAGAAAUGAUUUUGGUUGCCAUGAUCACUGCUCUAUUCAACGCUAGCUUCCUCGUGUACACCAUAUGCAUGUACCGGGUCUCAAGAGGUUACUGGAUCAAAAAACGGCUGUGA